UCUGCAACGAAAAGUGUUUGUGCCGCCACAAAGUAGCUCGCGCUGGAGAACCAUACUGAUUUUGUUCUGUGUUGCGCGUGAAUGUGGGAAAGAUAUGAGUCGCUUUCUUUGAUCCUAUUUUGAACAUAUGUUACUCUCGUAAGUUGGGAUAACUUUUCAGGCUAAUAGAGGAGGGAAAGCAGUAGGAGAGCUGAACAUGGACUGGGGCACUGAGCUUUGGGACCAAUAUGACAUCCUUGAUAAGCACACACAAUCUGGCUUGGACUUGGUGGAGAAAUACGUGAAGUUUGUGAAGGAGCGAACAGAGAUUGAACAGAAUUAUGCCAAGCAACUACGGAAUUUAACCAAGAAAUACAGCCCUAAACGAGGCAGCAAAGAAGAGCAGGAAUGCAGGUUCUCCAAUCACCAGGCCUUUCUGGACGUCCUGAAUGAGAUGAAUGACUAUGCUGGCCAGAGGGAGCUGAUCGCUGAGAACAUGAUGAUCAAUAUCUGCAUCGAACUCACAAAGUACCUCCAGGAUCUCAAACAGGAGCGCAAGAUGCAUCUGUCAGAUGCCAAGAAAGCACAACAGUCUCUGGAGGGCACCUACAAGCAGCUCGACAAUAGUAAAAAACGAUUUGAAAGGGAGUGGAGAGAAGCAGAAAAGGCUACUCAAAAUGCAGAGAAAACAGAUCAAGACCUCAAUGCUACCAAAGCCGACGUGGAGAAGGCCAAACAGCAGGCACAUAUGCGAACACACAUAGCAGAAGAGUGUAAAAACGACUAUGCUGCACAACUUCAGAAGUACAAUAAAGAACAGAAUCAGUUCUACUUCACGGACAUGCCCCUUAUUUUCAAUAAUCUGCAGGACAUGGAUGAACGGCGAAUCAAAAAGAUGGCACAGGGCUACAUCCAGUUUGCAGACACGGAGCGUCAAGUCAUGCCCAUCAUUGGGAAGUGUCUGGAGGGCAUUUCCAGAGCUGGCACGAAUGUCAACGAGAGGAACGACUCUGUGGUUCUUAUAGAGCAACAUAAGUCUGGCUUCGAGAGACCAGGAGACCUGGACUUUGAGGACUAUAGUCAGGGCAUCAACCGGGCCUCCUCAGAGAGCAGCCUUGGCACUCCUAAAGGUCCCCUAGAGCUGUUGGGGAAGAACAGGAAUAAAACCUUCCGGUUGUUUAAUAAGAAGAGCAAGCUUCCCUCGUCCUCGCUCAGUCCUUUCUCCACACCCCCCACCCCCUCGCCCGCUAACGGACCCCCUUCCCCAAAGUUUGGCCGGGACCCCCUGUCGUACUGUUUGAAGGAAAUCAAUAAGACAGUCAAACCCCGAAUCUCUUCCUUCCGGACCCUCAAGAGAACGUUUGCUCCAGAGAAGCUUAAAAUGCCUGUGGACACGGAGGGUUUCACCCAUCUUCCUCCUGAGCAGCGCAGGAAACGCUUGCAGCAAAAGAUCGACGACAUCAGCAAGGAGCUGCAGAAGGAAAUGGAUCAGAGUGAGGCUCUGGGUAAGAUGAAAGAUGUAUAUGAAAAAAACCCUCAGAUGGGAGAUCCCGCCAGUUUGGCACCUCAGAUCACUCAGACGGCACAAAACAUGGAAAGACUGCGAGGAGAUCUCAACAAAUAUGAGUCCUGGCUUGCAGAAGCAGGCGGCCGGGGAGACUCGAUACGAUACUCCACUCACUCUCUGAACAAUAACGGUGCUCACAACCCCGGCAGUCCUGGAGCUCUCUCAGAUGACACGGACCCCUCCCAUGCCAUCUACACCGAGUUUGAUGACGACUUUGAGGAAGAGGAACUCGCCGCACCUAUUGGUCAAUGCACAGCGCUCUAUAAUUUCCCAGGCUCCAGCGAAGGAACCAUAUCCAUGCAGGAAGGAGAGGUGCUGUCUGUAGUGGAGGAGGACAAGGGCGAUGGGUGGACGCGGGUGCGCCGGAACAACGGGGACGAGGGCUACAUCCCAACAACUUAUGCUACCAUCGCGCUUAACAAAUGACCUUGUUCCCCUUCAACCCGCUGCAGCAGAGAUGCACUAUAACAAACACUAUGAGUAGCUUCAGAUUAACACUCAUUAUGUCCCAACACGGCUUGCUGCUCCGGGGGGAUCACCGCACAAUGGGCUAAUACACUCCUCCUCUAAGGAUGAAUGAGUAUCUCAGGGUGUGUGUUAUGUGAGUGAAUGAGGUACAGGAGGUUGGAAUCAUUUUUCUCCUUGUUUUGCAUGGAAAACAAUGCAGGAGGGUGCCAUGUACUCACAGCUAUUGCUCAACAGACACAUCAGUUCCCGUGGCGACUCUGUCUGAUGGUGACUUUUAA